AUGCGCGGUGUUGCAUUCCUGGAGCCAGUCAAGUAUCGAGCUGGUCCGCCGCGUCCAAACGAUAUUCGAUACGGCCUGCUGCCGGGCGACCAGUUGCUCAGGAUUAACGGCACUUCGAUCGAUGCAUUCGAUGGGCUGAAUUGCACAAAACGCAUGAUCGCACCGGCUAGUCUGGUGCGCGUUGCCAUUUAUUAUUACUUGUUUGUGCUGUUGCAGCGAUGCGGUCCAACAGUAGAGCUUACGGUGAAAUCGACGCCCGAACUGGCCGAGUUAUGCGAACGGAACGAAACGAGCCGUUACGAUAGCGACGACUCUCUUCUGCUUCCCGUUUCCGCGAAUUAUCAAAGUAACACGGAUAUAGCGGACGAGCAGCGCUACUGGCUGAUACACAAAAACGGUUUCACAUUCGCCCGUUUGCUGGAAACAUUGUCGGACGGGAGAAUGCGCAUACGUGUGAUGGAUAAGCUGGAAAUGAUUGUUGAUGUAACUGACGUUGACAAGGCCAAUCCUGCCAUCCUGGAUCGUUGUAAAGACAUCGUCAGUUUGCGCUAUAUUAACGAAACGAGUGUACUGCAUGUUUUGCGGCAACGCUACGGUAGCAACUUGUUCUAUACGUGCAGUGGGCCGAGAAAUAUGAUAUGUUUGGCUGCCGAGGAUAAUCCAGCAACAUCUCUGUCCCUGUUCAGGGGUUGCAGGCGUCAGCAAAUGCCGCCACACAUCUACUCGUCAGCCCAGCAAGCUUACAGAGCGUUACAAAUGUCUGGCAGAAGUCAGUGUGUUGUUUUAACUGGAACAAGCGGUAGUGGAAAAACAACUCAGCUACGGAAUUUAUGCCGUUAUUUUUGCGAUGUGGCAGGAUGGACGAAACAUCUUUCCUAUGAUGUGAUAUCGUCAGCUCUGUUUGUUAUGGAAUCGUUCGGCAACUGCGUCAGCAAGCAUUCCUCGAAUUCAACGCGCUUUGUAUCAUUGUUCUCGCUCUCCUUCGACACCGUUGCAUCACUGAGAUGUGCUUCCGUACAAACGUUCCUACUUGAAAAGACUCGCAUCUGUCGCCAUCUUAAAGACGGAAUGACAUUCCACGUAGUUCGUUAUCUGUUACAAGGGACGGAUCCGGAUACACAUGCUACAUUCUUGCUCAAUGAACUCGACAAGCAAGCAUUUGGGUUUGCUGAAGAUGAGGAUUCUUGUGCAGACUCGCAAAAAGGUUGGUCGAAACUCUCGCAUUCGUUUGCAACACUGGGCUUCUCUGACAAUGAAAAAGCCACUAUCAUUAGUCUCCUUGCCGCUAUCCUGCAUUUGAUCUGUGCGGGAGCCACACAGGGUGAUGCGCAACGCUCUCAGUUUGUGUGUAUGCAGCAUGCUCAGCAUGCUGCCACAUUGCUGGGCGUAGAGGUUGAACAGAUUGCAUCUGCCGUUUUUCGCAGAAAUCUUUCACAUGGUGGUCCUACCAAUCCUGUCAGCCGAUUCUCGCUAUCGACUCGUAAUCAGACAGGUCAGGAAGCCCUCAGUCGCUUCAUUGCUUGCCUUUACAAUGAGUUGUUUGGUGCAGUCGUUCGUUUAUUGAACCGCCGAAUGGGUGGCGACAGUUCGAAAUCAGCGUCCUCAAUUACCAUCAUUGAUUAUCCCGGAAGCACUUUCGGGUCGUCCAAUUCGGUAACACAUCCAGCUUUGCUUCUUGCUCAUUUCUGGCAUGAGUUUUCAGUGCAGCCUUGA